CUCCUCAGUCCAUCGUCAACCAACAUAACUACCUCUUCGUGCGAACCAAGAAGGAAGAAAAGACACAGGAAUAUGAUAAGCUCCAUGAAAAAGCUGUCGCCCAGAACCAGCUUCAACGCCUACGUAGAUGCGUGCUUCUCCUCGUUGAAAAGCCUCCCCAGCCAAGGCUCGGCCGGACAGGUGACCGCGCUCCACGGCCAUUUCAUCAAACUGGGCAUAUCUGCAGAGAGAUACAUCGCCGUCAAGCUCCUCGUAUUGUACCUGCAUCACCGGAGGUCGAGGGAAGCGGAUCAGAUGCGGAGGGACUUUGAUGGGUCCGGCGUGAUCGUGCAGAACUGCUUGAUCACCGCGAGCAUGGAGCGGGGGGACGUCGACGAGGCGCGGCGGCUGUUCGACGAAAUGCCCGAGAGGAACGAAGUUUCGUGGACCGCGCUUGUUUCGGGCCUGAUGAAGUGCGGGCGAGUGGAGGAGUCGAUGUGGUACUUUUGGAGGAGCCCCUUUCGGAACGUGGUUUCGUGGACGGCGGCGAUUAGCGGGUUGGUUCGGAACGGGUCGAGUUUCGAUGCUCUGAAGCUUUUCAAGGAGCUGCUCGAGUCCGGGGUCAGGCCUAACAGUGUUACCUUCACUUCUUUGUUUAGGGCAUGCUCGUGCACGAAAGAGUUUUCUUUCGGGAUGUGUGUCUUGGGAUUGAUAGUUAAAGCUGGUUUGGAGCAUUGUGUAUCGAUCUCCAAUUCGUUAAUAACAUUUUUCUUGAGGAUGCAUGAGGGUGAACAGGCUAGGAGAAUAUUUGAUCGGAUGCAAAAGAGAGAUGUCGUCUCAUGGACCGCGAUCCUAGAUAUUUAUGGUGAAAUGGGGGACUUGGGAGAGGCACACAGAAUUUUUAAUGAGAUGCCAGAAAGGAAUGAAGUAUCUUGGAGCGCGAUGAUCGCGAGGUACAGUCAGAAUGGUCAUCCCGAAGAAGCGGUGGACCUAUUUCUUCAAAUGGUUCGUGAUGGAUUUACGCCAACUGUUUCUUGUUUAUCUUGUGUCAUUAGCGCUAUAGCUGACUUAAAAGCUUUGCGAGCAGGGAUGAGCUUGCACGCUUGUGUUAUAAUGAUUGGAAUUGCACAAGAUGUAUAUAUUAGCAGUUCUCUAAUUGACUUGUAUUGCAAAUGUCAAAAUACCGUGACAGGACGCUUGCUGUUUGACUCGAUGUCGUUAAAGAAUGUCGUUUCCUGGAAUUCAAUGAUCUCGGGGUACAGUUUGAAUGGACAGAUGGAGGAAGCUUUGGAGUUAUUUGAGAACAGUCCUGUACGAAAUCAGGUCACCUGGAAUAGCAUAAUAGCUGGUUAUGUAGAAAGUGGACAGUUUGAUAAGGCCUUUGAGGUGGUCAAUAAGAUGCUUUUGUCAGGGGAAAUCCCCAGUGAAUCCACUUUCUCUAGCAUCCUCUGUGGUUGUGCAAGCACUGCUUCGAUAGAGAAAGGGAAGAACUUCCAUGCAAAAGCAAUUAAACUUGAUCUCGAGAGCGAUUUAUUUUUAGGCACUGCGCUCACUGAUAUGUAUGCAAAAUGUGGAGAUAUGUGUGGUGCUAAGCAGGUUUUUCAUAGAAUGCCUGAAAAAAAUGAAUGCUCAUGGACUGCAAUGAUACAAGGUCUAGCCGAAAAUGGUUUUGCAGAGGAAUCCAUUGCUCUGUUCGAAGAUAUGGAAAGGAACUUCUCUGCAGCUCCUAAUGAGCUCAUGCUUUUGUCCGUUUUAUUUGCUUGUUCUCAUUCGGGGUUAGUCGAUAGAGGUCUCCAGUAUUUCAAUGCGAUGGAGAAAGUAUAUGGUUUAAAGCCGAAUAAAAGGCAUUACACCUGUGUGGUUGAUAUGCUUUCUAGAUCGGGCCGCCUCUCUGAAGCAGAAGGAUUCAUCGAGGCAAUGCCAUUUCCACCAGAACCGAAUGCAUUGGCUGCUCUAUUAAGUGCUUGUACUAAGUACAGGAAUGAUGCGAUCGGAGAAAGGACUGCUAAAAAGCUCUGGCAACUGGAUGCGAAGGAUUCUGCGGGCUAUGUGUUAAUGUCGAACAUAUAUGCUUCAGCAGGAAGAUGGGUCAAUGUAGAAAAUACCAGGAAGUUGAUGAAGGAAAGUGGGUUGAAGAAGAGUGUCGGCUGUAGUUGGGUCGAAGUGAAGAAUCGGGUCCGUUCUUUCUACUCAGAAGACAAAUCUCACUCCCGAUCCGCUGAGAUAUACGGAAUACUAGAUUUAUUGAGGUUGGAGAUGACUGCUUCUUUCGAGACACUCCCUUUCUGAAGUGGAAACUUGCCGAUGAUUGCAGCAGCGGGCACUUCCAAUGUACAAACUCCGGUCAUGGAUUCGUACACGCUGAAGUCCGUUUCGGAUCUUCCACCGCCUUUCCGAUCGAUCUACAGCUUCAGGUACUUUAAUUCGCUGCAAAGCGAAUGUUUCCCUAGUUGUUUCCACUCCGAUGUAAACAUGGUCAUCUCGGCGCCGACUGGGAGCGGUAAAACAGUGCUCUUCGAGCUUUGCAUUCUGAGGCUGCUCUCGAGAUUUAUAACCGACGAAAUAAAAUUCUUCCACAGCAAAGGAACACUUAAGACAAUAUAUAUUGCUCCCUCCAAGGCUUUAGUACAAGAGAAGCUCAGGGACUGGAGCCAAAAGUUUGGAUCGUGGGGAAUCAAUUGCCUCGAGCUGACCGGUGACAAUGAUGCUUACAAGACAAGGAAUAUACAGGAAGCAGACAUCAUUCUAACAACACCCGAGAAAUUCGAUGCAGUGACUCGCUAUCGCAUAAAGGAUGGAGGCUUGAGCUUUUUCAGCGAUAUUGCACUCUUACUCAUCGAUGAAGUUCACCUGUUGAAUGAUUCACGUGGAGCCGCUCUGGAGGCAAUCGUUAGUAGAAUCAAAAUUCUUGCUAGCAACCCAAAUUUGAAGUUGACUCCUCUUGCUCAUGUGCGCCUUCUAGCCAUCUCUGCGACAAUUCCAAAUAUUGAAGAUCUUGCUGAAUGGCUUAUGGUUCCUGCUCAAGGAAUUAAAAGGUUUGGAGAAGAAAUGAGACCAGUGAAAUUAACUACUAGAGUUCUUGGCUACACCCCAGCAAAAAAUGACUUUCUUUUUGAGCAGCGCCUUCAGAACUUCAUAUUUGACAUUCUAAUGCAAUAUUCCAAAGGGAAGUCUGCUCUUGUUUUUUGUUCAACUAGAAAAGGAGCACAAGAAGCAGCACAGCGACUUUCGCAGAUGGCAAUGACAUUUGGUUAUUCAAAUCCGUUUAUUAAGAACAAGGAACAACAAGAGAGUCUGAGGGAAGCUUCAUUGUCUUGCAGUGACAAACAAAUGCAGUCUUACAUCAUUUAUGGUGUUGCUUAUCACCAUGGUGGGCUUGGCUUGAAGGAUCGUAACCUUGUUGAAGGUCUAUUUCUUAAGGGGGACGUACAAGUUUUGUGCACUACUAAUACUCUCGCCCACGGAAUCAACUUACCUGCACACACAGUAGUAAUUAAAUCAACAAGAAACUUCAACAAGGAAAAAGGACUCUAUGUGGAGUAUGACCGAUCAACAGUACUGCAGAUGUGUGGAAGGGCAGGGAGGCCACCAUUUGAUGAUACAGGAAUGGUUAUUAUUAUGACGAGAAAGGAAACGGUUCAUUUGUACGAGAAUCUACUGAAUGGAUGUGAAAUUGUCGAGUCACAAUUGCUCUCUUGUGUGACAGAGCAUCUGACUGCAGAGAUAGUGCAGCUGACUGUCACUGACAUCACUCGAGCAAUUGAGUGGAUGAAAUGCUCUUAUUUGUAUGUCAGAAUGAAAAAGGACCCUGGGAAAUAUGCUAUCAAGAAAGGAAUAACUAAUAACCAGAUAGAGAAGCAUAUGCAAGAGAUCUGCCUUCAGAAAGUACAUGAGUUGUCGCAGCAUCAAAUGAUCUGGACUGAUGAAGAUGGUUUUCUCAUAAAGCCACUAGAGCCUGGUCACCUGAUGACAAAGUACUAUCUAAAAUUUGACACAAUGAAGUACAUAAUGCAGGCCCCUGCAAAUUGCAGUUUGGAGGAUGCACUUCAUGUUGUAUGCCAUGCUGAGGAACUUGCUUGGAUACAGCUAAGACGCAAUGAGAAGAAGUUUCUGAAUGACAUUAAUGCUGAUAAGGAUGGAAGGCUCCGGUUUCACAUCAUUGGUGAUAAAGGAAAACCAAAAAAGCGUAUUCAGACCAGAGAAGAGAAGAUCUUCGUCCUGACAAAUGAUUUUUUAACUGGCGAUCCUUUAGUUCAUGAUUUGUCCAUGACCCAGGAUAUGAACUCUAUCUUUCCAAAUGGAUCUAGAGUUGUGAAGUGCUUGAAAGAUUAUUUUCUGUACAAGAAAAACUACAUGGGAGCAGUUAACUCCGCCAGAUUGGCCAAGUCGUUGCAUCAAAAGCUCUGGGAUGACAGUAAAUACUUGUUGAAACAAUUGCCUGGCAUAGGAAUGGUGACUGCCAAGGGUCUGCUUUCCAUGGGAAUUGAUUCAUUUGAGAAACUACACGAUGCUGAUCCAAGGAGGAUAGAGAUAGUCACUGGUCGCAAAUAUCCAUUUGGGAAUCAAAUCAAGGAGUCUCUACAGUCAUUACCUCCUAAGGUUGAGAUGAAAGCUGAGGAAAUAGAAUGUGAAAGGCAAGGAACAGCUAAGGUGUCAAUCACGUUGACUCGCCUAUUGGAGUCAGUUCUAUCAAAUAAAGGACAUUAUGCUGACAUGAUUGUGGGUUCAGAAGAAGAUAAUUGCAUCCAUUUCCACAAAAAGAUAAGAGUGGCUGAGUUCAGCAGUCCAUAUAACACAACAGUCUACGUGUCACGUCCGAGGCAUGGAAAGUUGACUGUUAAGGCUGACCUGAUUUUCGAAGAAUACCUUGGCAUUGAUCUGCACCAUACUGUACAAUUGAAGGAGAACCGACCGAACACCGAUAAUGAAGGUGAUAACAAGAAGCCUUCAUCUUUCCCUCUAUCAGGGCAAGUGGGCACUACAAACUGCAACAGUAAAAGCUCAUCCAAUGCCAUAGCAAGAAGUUUUCAUAAUUUCCACAUGUCUAAAAGCAAAAGCAAUUCUGGGCCCAGUUUUGACCUCAUAGAUGAAGAGUCGGUAGAAGGUGAGCCAACAAAGAGAGAUGAUGAUGACGAUGACUGCAAGAUCAUAUCUGAAAUUACCGUCUUUGACCAUAUACGUGAAAAAGCCAAAUGCUUUCCUGCACUGACUGCGUCGAGCUCUUCCUGUUCGCCAUCACGUCAACUCCUGGAUAUACAAAAAAAGCGCAGCCGCGAAAUGCCACAAAAGCUUCCCGAGUUAAUAGAAAUUCAAGAAGAGACAGAGGGAUGGGAUACCAAUGACAACUUGAAUGGAUGUGACGCCGACGACCCUUUGAGUUCAAAGCGACAUUUUGCAGAUGCAUUCUCAGUGCCAGUGAACCCCGAAGGUGGAUUUCCGUCCAAACCUAAAGAAAAUGCAUCCGCGGCUUUGAAUGAAGUAAUUGUAUUUGAUCACAUUCGGAAGAAAUCGAAGAACCUCCCGGUUCUCACUGGUCUGAAGAUGUUAGAGUCCAAGCCCCUUGUCGGCACAAAGGAGCACUCAUUCACGGAGCAGCCUCAUCACACUACAUCCAAAGACAUUCUUAGAGACUACACUAACGUCUCGAGUGCGGAGCCCACACAGGUGGGAAAAGAUCCACGCCGUGCACAUUCACUUGGGGUUUCAAGGACAAGUAUCGACAUAUCUUCGAUGAAGAUCCUUUCGUUCGAUAGCCCCACAGCAAAGAAGAGUGCCUCGCAGGCCGACCCUCACAAAUCCCCUGGAGUUUGCAAGAAGCUUGAUUGCUCUCGCAGUGGACUAGCUGCAGGUAAAACCAAGGAAACGGACUCAUGCCUCGGUUUCAGAAGCAUCUUCUCAUUCCUCUGAUUUCUUACUUGCCAAGAAACGCACGCCGGUCUCGCAUUCUGAUAAAUCCUCUCCUUUUCAUCCCUCGGUGAUCUCUCUGUCGGUCACCAUGUGUUUGCCAUUAUCCAUCACUCGAUGCAAAAGCCCAUGUAACGGACUGCAGAGGCAUAACACGAAUGCCCCUGAGAUCCAAAACGCCAUAGAUGCGAACUUGUCGGCUCUGCUACGGCUCAACCACUACGCAUGCAUGUAGAUAAGCUCUGCUCUGCUCGACUAUUACAUUCAGCACAAGAAAGCUGACCUGUUCAACGGGUUCACCUAAAU